UGCGUUAACAGGGAGAACAUGCAAAUGGUGCUUAUGGAAUUUACAGCAAUUCAAAAACAACCUGCAACUGCUGGAGUGGAAACAAAAACUACAGAUAUUGGAUGUCAUUUCAAUUCAGCGUGUGGUGGGAUACGCAUCCAUUUCUGAUUUUGAGAACAGGAAAAGAGAGAGAACUGCUCCUGUUAUCCUUUAUGAAGUAAUUUUUCAUCAGCAAAAUUCUCAAUCACCGCUUGGUUGAAUAGGAUCCGGGAUGCAAAUCAACACAAACCGGUCUGAAAAGGUACUCUUAAAGGAUGUCUUCACGGCACAUGGCAAAGGAUGCUAUGGUACAAUACGGAAACGACCCAACUCUGUACCAUAUAGACUCGGCCUCCCAGACGUCUCCUUGAGGAAUCCGCCCUUCCACUUAAACCUCUGGUUGUACUUCACCAUGCAGAACUGGCUGCUUUACUGUGGAAGGGCAAUUGUCAUAAUUAUGUGUCCAGUGGAGUGGUGUCCUCCGAACAGGCCCAGUCCUGCAGACUACAUCCACCUGGCCUCCAACCUCCUCACUGCUCUGCUGCUACUAAAGAUCACCCAGCGGAGCCCCAAGAUGCUGCCCCACUCUGCCAUGCAACUGAGCAUCAUCAUCUUUGCCAUGGGAACCAGCAUGCACCUGGUGGGUGACUCUAUCACCCAGCGCCUCAUCCUCAGUGGGUACCAGCCACACCUGCCCUUGCGGGAGAACCCUAUCAUCCAGAACGUCACGCCCAAAACACUGAUUUACUCUUUUGAACUUGUGUCUUACUAUGACGAGGGCCUUGGUCAUGUCAUGUGGGGAGUCCCCUUCCUCCUCAUCCUCUUCCUGUACUUCACCGGCUGCUUCACACACAGCGAGGAGGAGAGAAGCAUGCCGUACUCAGCCUGGCUACUUCUUGGGCCUAGUGCUCUCUUUUACUGGUGCGUGAUAACCGAGGGGCAGAUCUUUAUUCUCUUCACCUUCACUCUGUUCGCCAUGGCGGCCAUGGUGGUGCAGCAGAGACACAGAGGCUUCGGCCUCAACAGCAACGGGCUCUUCCUGCUCUCCAGCUUCUCCGUGGCCAUGGCUCUGGUGGUGCUGUGGGUGGCCUUCCUCUGGCAUGACCCUGUCCUGCGCAAGAGGUACCCUGGGGUCAUGUACGUGCCCAGGCCACGGGCCUUCUACACUCUCCACAUCCUAAAGACACACCAGCCUCACGGGUACCCCAGCUCUCAGGGCUGAUGCUGCGCAUCCUCCCCCCUUCCCCAGUUACCCCAGGGCACCCGAGAGGUCCACACCCGUGCCCCAUUUACCCCAGGGGCCUCAGAGAAAGUGACUGGUGGAGGGCAGGCUGUCAGGAGCCUCUGCAGUCUUCAUGACCACAGUACAUGCCCACAAUGGCCCAUAAUGACCCAAAGCCCAUAAUGACAGGGCAGCUCCUCCCCUGAAAGGUUUUAAUACUGAACAUUCCUCAGACUGAGAGACAGCAAUGCCCAACAGAUCUGCUGAAGAUGAGUGAAUCUGAGCAAAAAAGAAAGAGCAUCUGUGUGUGUGUGUACGUGUGUCUGUGUGUGUGUAUGAAUGUGUGUCUGUGCCCUUUGAAUGGUUUCAGCACCCUUGUACCCUCUGCAUACUUCUGCUGCAUCAUGGACCUGCAUUGCUGAUCCUUGUGUGAUCCUGAGCUCUUCCAUGCUGUUCCUGUGUCCAGAGUAUUGUUGAUACUUGCCGUGCUGUAGAGGUUUGCACUCCCGCGGUAGACCCGCAGGUCCUGACUCAAAUGAGUGCGGCGCGGGACAACUUUUGAAAUCUCUUUGCGGGAGCGGGUGGGAUGAGAGAGGUGCGUUCGCAGGUGCGUGACAAACCGAUGAUUCACUGCACUCCCGCAAAUUAAAUAUGUGCGUAA